AAACAAAAAAAAAGGGAAAAAAUCCCAUGACAUUUAAGUUUUUCGCGGCAACGGCCCCCAUCUUUCACUCUCUUCUCUUUUUUUGAGUCUUCGUCGUCUUCCUCUUUCUCUCUCCUCCGCCGUUUUCUCUCUCCUCCUUCACUCUUACGCUUCCUCCACAAUCUUCAAACCCCAAUUUUGGUUUCUUCAAUUCAAUAAUUUGAAUUAAGAUGGCGCCAGCAAAGAAGUUGAAAAGUGUAAAUCGAGGAAUCACUUCUGCUAGUGAUUCAUCUCCAAGCAAAGAUGAUAAAUCCAAGCAAAAGAAACGGAAGUUAUCUGAUAUGCUCGGACCUCAAUGGAGUAGACACGAGAUUGAACGCUUUUAUGAUGCUUAUAGGAAGCAUGGCCAAGACUGGAAGAAGGUUGCUGUUGUUGUGCGCUCUAGAUCUACAGAAAUGGUUGAAGCACUUUACAAUAUGAAUCGAGCAUACUUGUCUCUUCCAGAGGGCACAGCUUCUGUGGUCGGACUCAUAGCUAUGAUGACUGAUCAUUAUAAUGUUCAGGAAGGAAGUGGCAGUGAAAAAGAGAGUGAGGUGCCCGAGGUAAUGGUUCGAAAGAUUCAGAAAAAUCCUAAAGCAAAGGGUCUUCUGGGCUCUUCCAGAGAUGAUUCUAAGCGUCAGUCUGUUGGCUCAAUUGAUGGAUGCCUAUCGUUAUUAAAAAAUCGCGGUGAUGGUAUCCAGCUUCACUUUCCUGUAAGAAAAAGGACACCACGUGUACCUGUUUCAUGCUUAGACAUUCAUCCAAAUAAGAAGUCUCGAGUAUCAGCGAGGAAUGCAGAUGACAGUGGGGUUCCACAUAGAGAUUUGAGGUUGAAAGAAGCAUGGUGCAACCCGAACUCCCCUCAUGGUUCACAAAUAACAGACAGAAAAAAUGAACAUUUAAGGACUCAAGUAUCAGCUAGAGAAGAGGUGAUCUCACAAUUUCCUGUGCUGAAGGCCAGGAAUGGUGGAUUUGCAGCAGAUGAAGAACCUAAGGAAGGUAGUUUGGGCUACAAUGGGACCAAAAAUGAUAACUGGGCCAGGGAUAUGGAUACAGGUAAAUCAGCUCUAAUUGAAUAUAAGAAAGGGAAGAAAGGAAAGAAAGGAAAAAAAGAGGAAGUUCAGAACUCCGAAGCUACACUGUUUGAUAAUAUUAGAGAAGCUUACAACUAUGCUGACAAAGGGCCAAGAAGAAAUGGUUCUGAUGGGAAAAGUGUCAAAGUUUGCAGAUCAAGUUUUGAGGGCCAAAGGAAGAGAAGCAAGCAACUGACAUGUGAAGAUGAACUUGCAGCUUGUGAUGCGCUGCAGACUUUAGCUGAAAUGUCCUCAAUGAUGGAUCUUGCUGCAGUACCUGUUGAGGAUGCUAGAGAGUCCAUAAUUGGUCGUGACACUAUAGUCAAUAGUGUUGUUCGUCCUGAUGUUGAAUUUAGUGACGAGAAGGCCAAUGGGGAGUCCAAGAAGAAACGAGUGUCCCAAGCUUUAAAGGUUCCGAAGGCUGAAUUUCCAGAUGAUUAUUCUAAAAAGGCCACAAAAGAUGAGAGCAUGGCUGAGGAGGUGAAGUCUGGAGAUAGUACUGGACAUAUAUCUGUCUUUUCCAAAAAAUGUACAUCAUUGCUUAGGGCUCCAGACGUGUCUUCUAGCAAUGACUCACAUGCAGGAGAUACGGAAGUUGCAGUAUCUAGUGGACAAGUUCACUGCGAUAGCCAGGUUGUUAACCCUUCUAGAAGGAAACGUAGGCGCAAGCAAGACAGAACAGUCCUUCAAAAGGACAGAAAUUAUGAUCCCAGUGGUUGUUCUAGUGAUCGAUCAUCUGUACCCCAAGAUAGCUUGCAGGAUGUGAAGGGAAGACUUUUGCAUUGUCUCUCCUGGCAUGAAGUACGCAGAUGGUGUGUGUAUGAGUGGUUUUACAGUGCCAUUGACUAUCCUUGGUUUGCUAAGAGGGAGUUUGUGGAGUACCUUGAUCAUGUUGGACUGGGACAUAUUCCAAGACUUACUCGUUUUGAAUUGGGCGUUAUUAGAAAUUCUCUUGGUAAACCUCGGAGAUUCUCUGCGCGUUUUCUACGGGAAGAGAGGAAGAAACUCCAGCAAUAUCGUGAAUCUGUUAGGACUCAAUAUGCUAACCUUCGAGCUGGGCAUGGAGAAGGACUUCCGACAGACUUAGCUUGUCCACUAUACGUUGGACAAAAAGUAGUUGCUAUUCAUCCAAAAACAAGAGAAUGUCAUAAUGGCAGUGUCUUGACAGUUGAUCGUGACAACUGCAUGGUCCAGUUUCAUCAUCCAGAUCUCGGGGUUGAACUCGUCAUGGAUAUUGAUUGCAUGCCUUUGAACCUGUUGGAGAACAUGCCGGAAGAUUUGAAGAGGCGGAAUAUGCUAUUUGAUUACCGGUACGUACAAGUUCCAAAAAUCAAGGGAGCAAUUAUUUCCGGUCUAGAAGAUCACAAUAAGAAUUCUGGUCAUCAUAUAAGAGUCCCUUCAUUCAGCCCAUCAAUUGCAGCCGAUAUGAAGGUUAAGCCAGCAUGUCUGAGUUCAUGUGCUAAGGUAUUAGGCAAUGGAAGUUUCAAGACAACUUCAGCAGCCCAAAAUAAAUCUUGCAAUAUGGCUCAACUGCACCGGCAGGAAGGUCAUAUGAGAGAUUUUCCGGGGUUGACUGGGGGUAUAGAUAGAAAGGUAUUUGAUCAGCAGAGAAGAUGUCCAGAAAAUUUUCCUUCUUUCCCUCAUCCCAUAACAGAUACAGUUGGUUUAAAUGGAACCAUGCAUUCUUUGAAUAUUUCUGGGUUCAGUUGUCAAGAAACUGCAUCCAAUGUAGCUGAAAUUGUUGAAGGAUCUAGAGAUAAGGCGCAAAAAAUGGUUAAUACAGCUAUGAAGGCGAUGUCUAUUAUGAAAGAAGGUGAAGAUGCAUUUGGAAGAAUUAGUGAGGCUUUGGAUGCCAGAGGAAAAACACGCGCAGCUAAUUGCAGAACGCCUAUAAUAACGUCUUCAAUUCGGGGAAGUUUGCCUCAUCAGAACCCACUUACUUCCUGCGCUUCAGAUCCCCCACUGUCAUGUGAUGCAGUUACUGUGCAAUCAGUUGGUGAUUCUGGGUCAGAUGAUCUUUCUGAUCUUAUUACAUCAUGUGUUGCUACUUUGCUAAUGAUACAGACUUGCACUGAGAGACAAUAUCCUCCUGCAGAGGUCGCACAGAUUUUAGAUAACGCCGCCACAAGUUUGCAUCCAUGCUGCCCUAAAAACCUCUCGAUUUACAGGGAGAUACAAAUGUGCAUGGGAAGAAUCAAGACCCAGAUAUUAGCGCUUGUACCAACAUAGAGUAUAUAUAUUUCUAGUUUAUCUUUCUUUGAAGGGGCUUGUACAUAAGAGACAUGAGUUGUCCUCCAUAUUUUUUGUAGUUUGCUAACCCUUAGAUAGAUUAUUCAUUAGAUAUUUACCGAUUCUUACCACUAGGAAUGAUAACAGGAAGGAAUUUUUAGCCGGAACAUAUAUUUCUCUGUAAAAAUUAUUUAUGGUUGGGUUCCUUCACAGUAAUAAAAUAACCAGAGUAUUUAUCAUUGCA